AUGCGUGAUGACCUAGAGACAGUAUCUCGCCUCACGGAGGACAUUGCAAAUUCAUUUACUGCCGUCACCAAGGACUUGCGGAUGGGUUUUGGUGCCUUCGUUGACAAGCCCGUCUUCCCCUUUGUUGUUCCGACAAAAGAAGCACUGGCAAACCCCUGUCUCUCUGGUGUCGGUAACGAAGACCUUCAGUGUGAUCCACCAUUCCUAUACAAACACAUUCUAUCCUUGACCAACAACUUUGAGGAGUUCCGUAAGAAGACUAUCUUGUCUCGGUUUGUUGUCGAUGUCCUUCCUCCUAUGGUUUCCUUUAUUGUGCUCAGUGAAGCCAUCAACAUGCUCAGCGUGACCAUUGAUAGGCCUUCCGGCAACCUUGACAGCCCUGAGGGUGGUCUGGACGCUCUGCUACAGGUGGCUCGCUGUGGCAAGGAAAUUGGUUGGCGCAAGAACGCCCGCAAAAUCGUCCUUUUCGCUACCGACGGCGGCUUCCACCUGGCCGGAGAC